GCGUGGGCUAAACAUAUAAGCCAUUCUCGAGCGAUGGGCUGCGGCGCGUCGAUUCUGCAAGAGCCACAGGGCAUCUCGGUCGACACGCACAAGUUUGUGCACGCGAGCAAGGCCGGCACACUCGCCAACUCGGCGCGCGUCCGCGUUAAAAAGAAGGGCGACGACGUCAUCACCGAGUCGCGCAACCUCAGCGAAGUCUUCUUCGGUCUCAGCGUGCCCUUUCACGAGAUUGACGUCAAGUCAACGCUGGGUGCGGGCAACUUUGGCGUCGUGUACGAGGCGUACGUCAAGGGCAAGCGCGUCGCCGUCAAGAAAAUCUACCUCCGCGAAGACGGCGACAAGGCGAGCGACCUCGACGACUUUGAACAGGAAGUCGACAUCUUGUCGCUGCUCGUGCAUCCCAACAUUGUGCACUUUCUCGGCGCUGUCCAAGAGUACCCCAACUACUGUUUGAUUACCGAGCUCUGCGAAGGCUCGGUGCUCGACCUGCUCAAGCUCGUCGAGUCCAAGAAGGUCCGCGCCACGUGGGGCCUCGUGCUCGACAUUGCUGCCGACUGCGCGAACGCAUGCGGCUACUUGCACUCGCUCGAACCCAUCAUCUUGCAUCGCGACAUCAAGGCCGAAAACUUGCUCAUUACCGAGCUCUUCCGCUGCAAACUUUCGGACUUUGGGCUCUCACGGUCGCUCGAGAAGGACGCGAUUGCCAAUACGGUGUGUGGCACCCCGCGCUGGGUCGCGCCCGAGGUCUACCGCGGCGAGGUGUACUCGGAAAAGAUCGACGUCUACUCGUACGGCAUUGUCUUGUGGGAGCUCUUUUGCUUCAAGAAACCGUAUCUGGACCAGGACCCGAUCAACUUGCCGUACAUGGUGGUGCACAAGAACUUGCGCCCGCCACUCUGCGUGCACAUUCCCGAAGUACUGCACUCGCUCAUGAAAUCGUGCUGGCACCCCGACCCGGCCGAGCGGCCGUCGUUUCCCGCUGUGCUCCAGCUGCUCGCGAACGCCAAGUCCGAGGUGAAGCCCAGCAUUACGAUCGACACCAAUAUCUCGUACGCUGAGGCCGUUGAAAACAACAACCGAAAGCUGUCGCAAGGCAUCCGCAUGGGCAUUGGCCUGAAAUCGGGGCUAAUCUAA